GAUUUAUUUAAGAUAGACGAAUAUAUAGGUGUAUUACUUACAUUAGUCGGGUUCCAUCGUAGUCGAGUCGAGGCUGCGUUCAUUUCUGUACUGCAUUUAAAUUGGCAAACACGCUCCAAAUUCGCGUUGUCAGGCCGACUCUACAAAUGGAAGUUUGGACUACAUGUUUUUUAUUUAUUAUUAGUGCAUCAAAUAUAUGUGAAGGGUUGAAGAGUGGUAUCAAUUCAGAAGAUACUAGAAGAUUAACAGAGCAUUCCACAGACGACAGCAUUUAUUUGGAGUACCAUCAUAGACAACCUCAGUUGUUCACGUUACUACGGAAAUAUUUUCUCUGGCCUCCGGAACCAGCCUUAGACGUGCCUAUACAGUAUUCUCUUUCAAGCAGUAUACAACCUUUUAUAGUCGGUGGUGAUACAACCACCAUAACUUCGUAUCCCUAUCUACUGUCGAUGCGGAAUGCCGGUGUUCAUAUUUGUGGUGCUACAAUUCUGUCACAAAAGUGGGCAUUAUCUUGCGCGCACUGUUUGGACGAUGGAAGCUCUCCAGCUUGGAUAACAUUUCGUGGUGGAAGCCCUCAUAGGUUAUCAGGUGGAUACAUUUUCCAUGCAAUAUUUUUUGUACUUCACGAGAAAUACGAACCAGCCACAUUUGACUACGAUGUGGCGGUAAUUCAGAUUGCGGAGAACUUUUUCGUGGAUUUCCUAAGACCGGUUCCACUGGCUGAUGCAAACCUUAAGUUGAGUUAUGAUCUGGCGACCGUGGUUGGAUGGGGAUCUGCCGCAAACGGUUACGUACCAGUCAUACUCCAGGAACUGAAAGUAUGGAUACAGCCGAGGGCUACCUGUAUGAAGAUCUGGAUUGAACAAAUUACCAAAAAUAUGUUCUGUGCUGGCGGGGUCAUUGGACAGGAUACAUGCAAUGGUGACAGCGGCGGUCCGCUAAUCUGUGACGGAUACCAGAUCGGCAUUGUGUCCUGGGGUUCACCGGAGUGCGCAAAAGAAAAGCCAGCAGUGUUCACAAAUGUCUCGGAUCCUGAAGUUCGCAGUUUUAUCCGAAAAAAUCCGAGUAGAAUGAAGAGCUUCGUAGUGCUUGCACUGUGUGUAGUAAUGGUUCUAGCUGGACCUGAGGAAAUUAGUUGGAUGCAGUAUAAUAAUCGAUUACCCAGAACGCAUCAGGCUUUGCACGAAGAACCAAUUUCUAAGCGUAUAGUCGGUGGAAUUGAUGCUGAAACUGGAGAAUUUACAUACCAACUUUCUCUGAGGCGAAAUAGACUACAUAGCUGUGGGGCCUCGCUUAUUUCGGAUCACUGGGCCCUCUCGGCAGCACAUUGCACCUUUCCUUUGCCUAAUGUAGAAAUCAUUUCUUUGUGGGGUGGUUCUGUUAAUCGUAUUGAUGGUGGACAAAUCUAUGCGGUCGAGUUCAUCGUGAAUCAUCCUUCUUAUGACAACUGGAAUUUAGUGUAUGAUGUUAGUGUUCUACGUACUGCACGUCCUAUGCAUGGACUUUACAUGAAUCCGAUAGAGUUGGAUGUUGUUGGGACUAAUUAUCCAGUGGGAACACGCGCUAUUUUUUCCGGUUGGGGUUUAGUUACUACUCCUGGGUCUCUGCCACUUAUGCUGCAAAAGGUUGAUGUCCCACUAAUCGAUAAUAAUACUUGUCGCCUUUACUGGCCGGCAGAUUGGAUUACCGAUGAAAUGUUGUGUGCGAGUGAGCCAGGUCGUGACACUUGCAAUGGAGACAGUGGUAGUCCUCUGGUUGUCAAUGGCCGUCAGGUUGGUAUAGCGUCUUGGGGCUCUAAUAACUGUCAAGGGAACCAGCCAGGGAUAUAUACUCGCAUAGCUGAUCCUCAAAUCCGUUCCUGGAUUACGAAUGUGACGGGCGUGUGAGCUGGCCUUGAGUUGAAUGGAUUUUAUUAGACAAUAAAUAAAUAACAAUUCCUUCGCAUUCCUAAUAUAUUAAAUAGGAAUAGAUUAUUCUAGUAUUACCUUUAGUUUAUGCUUACAUAAGUCUGAAAUUCUUGAUCUUCGCUGACUUUUUUUAAAUCGUUUAUUUUUACAGGCUCAAUUACAUAAGUUUAAAGGAGCCAAACUCCUAACUGUAUUGUUACAAGUAUAUAUAAACAUUUUUGUUAAUUCUAAUGUUAAUGAUGUAGAAACCCGAUUACUCGCGGUUUACGCGAGAUUAGAAGGGUGACAUAUU